AUGUUCGGAGGAAAGAUCGCUAUCUUGAACAGAUCAAUCAUUGGAGGCGCAGCCAGGACCUACGCCACGGCCACCAAGCCAUACGUGCUGAUCGACAAGAACACAAAGGUCAUCUGCCAGGGAUUCACCGGCAAGCAGGGCACCUUCCACAGUCAGCAGGCGAUUGAGUACGGCACCAAGAUGGUCGGUGGUGUCUCGCCAGGCAAGGGCGGUAGCACCCAUCUGCAGUUGCCCGUCUUCAACACAGUGGCCGACGCCAAGAAGGGCACCGGCGCCAACGCCUCGGUCAUCUACGUGCCACCCCCAGGUGCCGCCGCCGCCAUCAUUGAGGCCAUCGAGGCCGAGAUGGAGCUGGUCGUGUGCAUCACCGAGGGCAUCCCACAGCAGGACAUGGUUCGCGUCAAGUCCAUUCUCAACCGUCAGACCAAGACCCGUCUGAUCGGACCAAACUGUCCAGGUAUCAUCAAGCCCGGCGAGUGCAAGAUUGGUAUCAUGCCCGGCCACAUCCAUCGUCCAGGCAAGAUCGGUAUCGUCUCGCGUUCCGGCACUCUCACAUACGAGGCCGUCGCCCAGACCACCGCCGUCGGACUCGGUCAGUCCACAUGCGUUGGCAUUGGUGGUGACCCCUUCAACGGCACCAACUUUGUCGACUGUCUCAAGCUGUUCACUCAGGACCCACAGACUGAGGGUAUCAUCCUGAUCGGUGAGAUCGGAGGUGAGGCCGAGGAGGAGGCCGCUCAGUGGCUCCGCGACAACCCCACCAACAAGCCCGUCGUCUCUUUCAUCGCCGGUCUGACCGCCCCACCAGGCCGUCGUAUGGGUCACGCUGGUGCCAUCAUCUCUGGAGGCAAGGGAGGUGCCGACUCCAAGAUGAAGGCUCUCCAGGAUGCCGGCGUCGUCAUGUCAUUGUCGCCAGCCAAGCUUGGAACCACCAUGCUCGAGGUCAUGAACAGCAGAAAGUAA